UUCCAAAGCAGCCUGUUGAUGCGUGGUGGCCCGUCACACGGAAGUAGAAGCACACAUAUACAUGAUGUGAAACUUAGCAAGAUUCUUGAUUUUCUUGUUUCAACCGGGUCCAGUGGCUGCGAAUACAUUCUGGCACACGUUUGUGGCAGAAUCAACCCCGGCUCUCUUCGCUUUAAGGAAUCGUCGGCGUUGCUGCCGGACAAUCCACGGGACAGCUGUGAUGAAGCACGAGGGCGGUACAGAAGAAAACGUCUCGCUUCGCUGCACCUGAAAUCCGAUCAUGAAUUCUCCCGAAGACCGCGAGUGCCCGGAACACAACCGAGAGCGUGUGGACCACGAGCCCUCUUCAUCUGUCCACAUCGAUGGCGACGACGAUGAGAGGACAGCCUUGCUGUCACCUGGGAUUUCUCCAGAGUCCAGGACUGGCCACGUGUCAAAAGAGCGGCGGACGUUCUGCCUCUUUACUUUUUUCAAUUGCAAUCUCAUCGUCUUGCUGUGGUUGAUUAUGGUCAGCAUUAAAAGUUCCCAGACAGGUAUCAGUUAUACAGCAGUUGUCCUCGAAGAAGUAGUACAGACUGAUGUGAGCAAAACAUCGUUUGACAUAACUUGGCUGGCAAUUUUCCGGGCCACAGUGCUGCUGCUGGCGUACGCGGCGUGCAAAUGGAAAUGCAGGUUUCCUGUCGCGUCGACAACAUGUAUUACAAGUGGAUAUGCCUUUUUCAAGAUUUUGCAUACAGAUUAUUCAGGUGAAAACAGUUAUAAGUUUGUUGCAAUUAUGAUGCCCAUUACAACCUUCGUGGUUGCCUGGAUUGAGGCAUUGUUUAUGGACUACCGUGUGCUACCUAAGGAGCAGCGAGCCACACAAAGAGUCCAUAAUCAACACAAUCUCCAUGUUAGACAACACCAGUCUCCAAGAGGAGAACACCCACCUACCCAAGAAGAUGACUUCCACUCACUCUCAGAAUUUGUGGACGGUAUGGAUGAAGGUGAUGACGAUCUAGAUUUGGAUCUUGAAGACAUCAGUCACCUGUCCAAUGAGGAACGCCAGUACGUACAGCAGGGGGAAGAUGCUAUGCGGAAUGUGAUAUCUAUGUUGGGUAUGGAAAGUGUCUGGAAUAAAGAAAAAAGCAGGGAUGAUGGAGAUGUGUAUACUUUAAUUGGACCAAAUAACAUGAAGAUAUUUAUACUCAAGAUGUCCUUGCUGUGCCCUCCCGAAGUGGUUUACGAGGAGGUGAUGCUACGGCCUGAAAGAAUGCCCAGCUGGAACCGUGCAGUCAUCGACUGCCAGGUACUGAUGAGGAUAAGUGACCACACACUUGUUACAUAUGAUGUCUCAGCAGGAGCAGCUAAUGGCUAUGUCAAACCAAGGGACUUUGUGAAUGUGAGAAGGAUUGAGAAGCAAGGCCAGCGAUACAUCUCAGCUGGGAUGUCCACGUCGCAUGAAGACAAACCUCCGUCCUCCGAUUUUGUUCGGGGCAACAAUGACUCUGGAGGCUUCAUUGUGCAGAAGAAUUCUGAGCAACGCAAUGCCUGUUCAUUUAUAUGGAUCCUUAGCACAGACAUAAAGGGCAGUAUUCCCCGUUAUUUGGUGAACAAGAGCCUUGCAGAAAUCAUGUUUGCGUUUGCAUCAAGCCUGCGGCAACACCUCAAAGACACCCACACGCAGCAUAGACCCUCAUCAGGUGCAGUGCCUCGCCACUCUCGGCUGUGAAUUUGAAUUGUGCACAGCCUUUUCUCGGACAGCUAUGCUCAACUUGUUUUCUUGCUGGACUUAAGGAGGCUUCUGAAAAUAUCGCCUCUGUUGUGCCAGCAGAGAGUACAAUGAUAUACCCGUAAAGUACUUUUGAAAUGCAUGACUGAUGUAUUGGGUGGUUUAUCUUAUGAAAAAUAUAGAAGUGGAAUAACAUGGGUUUGACUAGUUGAGACUAUUAUGAUAAAGGGGUGUUUUGUGAAUAUAUUUGUGAAUUCUACACCGUGACAUAUGCACGUUUGCUUUUAUAUAGCACUACGCUUGUUGUACUUGAGGUUUUAUGAAUAAUUACACAUGGCCGUAUGACACAGCAACAAAUAAACGAAUACAUUCAUCAUCUCAUUAAUGCCAGUUAUCCUCGUGAAGAUUCCUUCGCAUUAAUAUAAGUUACGAAGUUUGUACAAUGUAUUUUGAAAACGCCAUUCUUCGAUACUGAGUAUACAUUACCGUAGAGUACUCUCUCUCGUAUGGCAUUGUAUAGAACGGCAAAUUUUUAACUAACAAAAAAGUAUGAAUUUCAUAGCGAUGGAUUAGUUAAAAUAAUAAAAACACUAUUACAUUGCUGUGAUGAUUUGCACUAAUUCAUGAGGCACAUAGCAUAUAUACGGCACAAACGCUUACAAGUAUGCAAAGCAUGGAAAAAUGCAUGCUUGGAAUUGAACUGAUUGAAAGAACAAAUGAAACGGGGAACAGAUACACAUUAUGGACAUUGACUGUGAACACAAGUCAGUGGGAUUGGACAAGACACGCCGCCACGUAUUUAUGCAUGUAUGUUGAACUUCUUUCGCACCGUACGUAGCCAAUCGUGCUGAUAGGAGGUGCGGGGGAAGGACAACAAGGGAUGAGUUGUAAAUGGUCGAAACUGACAGUCGAAUGGCAGCCAAAAGAGAGGACACAUCUGAGAUGGCAACUGCUGAUAUUGAGUAUUAAUAUCAGACCACGUGCAGGAUUAUUUCAUCACGAGAUCGUGAGGGAUGAUGCAUUGAGGAAGCCUUCAUCCAGCAGUAAACAGAUCAUGGCUGAUUAUAUUAUACAUUAGUUGUAACUUUUGCGUUGAACUUGAAUUAUAGUGCAUAAUUAUGGAUAUUUUUUUAAAAUCUCCUUCCAUAUACCUGAACGCAUCUAUUUUCACACAUGAACUCUCCGACACAUAACCCAUGAGUUCUAAACUGCAACUGUGUUCAUUCAAUCAGGGGAAUGCAUUUUCAUGAUCAUUAAGUAGUUUAAAAUGUUACAUUUUUUAAAAUACAGAUAAGAUUAAUUAUCUUGAUUUGAAGCUUUCGUGACUGCCGGAAUCCAUACUCUUUGGUUCUUUAGGUAAAGUCACGUAGAUAAAAAAAGAAAAAAAGAAAAGAAAUCAUAAAUGUAAAAAAAUUAAAGCAAAAAAACCCACAAUAAAAAUAGUAAAAUUAAAUUAAAUAGAAAAUAAUAAAAGCAAAAAACCCACGACGCUUCGAUCGCAACACAAGCAGUCUUCAUCAGGGCAUAGAGAAAAGUAGAGUUUUGCUAAGCCAUUCAGAUCUGGCAUCUUUGUACCAUUGUCUAUAAAUGCUGAAAAUUACAGUACAGUAUAGCUACUACUACACUGUAGAUAAUGAAAGUAUUAAUUUAGAGUACAGUAAUGGAAAAUAAUUGUAUUUAUACUGUAUGUUCGUUAUCAUUUGUUGUACAUCAAUGUACAGCAAACAAAAUAACAGUAAAAUAUGACAGGAAUAAAAGUGCCCUGUUUUUGUGUUGUACUGUAGUAAUGGACAAGCUGAUGAUUCAACUUCAUAAUAAUAAAUGUAUUUUGUA